CAGAGAGCGCUUCCACCGUGUAGUACGGGUAUCUGUGCUUCUCCUUUUCGUGCUUCAAGCACGAAACUGGGCAAUCAGUAGUGUUCGACCGUUAAACGUACAAACUCAGGAGUCGGCGCCUCUCGGUGCGCCACUUGUCAGUGAAAGUUAGUUUCUCAGUUUUCAACGUGUUCAACAUCCUUGGAUUUUGCCGCGCAGCCACCUCCCAACCUCGUGUUAGGCUCAGCAUAUUGCUACUCGUGGGCCGUGUGCAAUAUCGUGAAAAAUCUGUGAAAACUUGACUUGUGAUUUCCCGCAAAAAAAAAAUUAAAAAAAAAAAGGAGAAAAAUCCACUUUAAUCUGUGCUUCGUCAUCCGUUCGACUUUCGAACCGCGUUUCUGCGCCUUUCGAUUUGAAUCAACCCGUCCUUCUCACGCAAGUGCGUGCGGCGUUGCCGGAUCAACACGUGACGAUAUUCAGUUUUCUAAUCGCUUUCUCGAUACCCAAGUGACUGAUAUUCGCGUGGAUUUUUCCGACGAAUUAAAUUUGGCGGUGUUUACGUCUCCAGAAUUGUACGAGUAAGAUAACAAGUGAGAGGCAAGAGAUUGCGCCUCCCAUUGCUCAACAGUGUUGCCGCACUUCUCAGCUCUCGAGACUUUCCACGAAUCUUCCAUCAAGACCUCGUUUAUCCCACAAAAAAGUGAUUCCCUCCAUAUUCUUGUUGUGAAAUAUCCGGAUUUUUAUUACUGUUAUCUCCUCAUUUUUGAGUAUCAAAAAUUCAGGAUUCUCGGUGGCAAAUGCAGUGUCAGAAGUUCGCGAGCCUGCUAGAAAAACUCGUGCUUCGAAAUUCAAACGUGGACAGGUUAUAACCUCAAAGUUGUACUUUUUUUUGGAGAAAUUGGUGAUUUUUGUGAGUGAAAUAUGAGCGCGAGAGUGCUUAAUCCGGCGAUGAUGACGGAAAUGGGCCGCAACCUUGGUGGUGCACGUGCAGCACCAAGCAGGGCAGCUCUGGCCAGAGUUCGAAGAGACCUGUUUGGGCCCGUGGACCACGCGGCGGCUCGCGCCCUCGCCGAAAAGGAGCUCAGGGCCCAAUCCAUCCUGGAUGCAGAAAGAUGGGGUUUUGACUUUCGCCUCGAAGUUCCAGUUCCUAAGGACAACGCACGUUACGAGUGGGAAGUCCUCUCUUCGCAAGAUGUGGUCCCGGAACCCUACGCGCUCCGAGGCAUGCCCUACUUGAGAAAUCAUGCGCCCGGAACGCCGAGGAAAUCAAGUUCGCCGAGGAGUGUUCACCAGGAGACGAAGAAGUUUGUAACAUCGACGCCGAUCGCGAGCUUCUCCGAGCAGGCCGAAAGAACUCCGCCCCAGGACAAUAGGGUUCCCGAGAUCGGUGAAACCACCCUCGAAAUCACUGAAGUCACGACCGAAAUCACAGAAAUUUGCUAUCCGAACUGCAUCCAGGAACCUGUCACCCGUGUCCUUAACAACAGUUCGAGAAAACAAAGUACCAUCACCGCAUUUAUGAAGAGUCGCAAACGCGCGAUAAUCACUACCAAGAUGCCUGAGCCACCCGAGAAGGUUGCCCGCAACGCAGGUCAAAUAAGAAGCUAAGCGGCGGCAAACAGCAGUAGCAGCGCGAGGUCCUUUGGCUGUGCCAUCAUUCACUUAGAUAUCCUCCUGACACAAGCGAGCGCGUCCACUCUCUCCCGAUGAAAAAUUCUUGUCUUGAAUCAAGAUUUUUCGAAAUCUUUUCUCGUUUUUUUUUUUUUUGAGAGACAAGUUUUUUUUUGUUUUUUUUUUUUUCGGGUGAGCAGUAGUCGAUUACGAGAGGAAGAUCGAGAGAGCAAAUCAGCGAACGCAUUUGUGUGUGAUUUCGGUGUAAGUGAGAGAAAAAGCUUUAGAUUUAAAAUCCCCUCCUCGAUUCAAUCGAGAUUAUUUUCUCGUCCUCUAGGUAGAAAAUACUGUUGUGUUUGGGUGUAAGUUGUGUCAAAAUUGAUUGUAAUAUAUAGUGUUUCCUUUCUUUUUUGGUCCCUCAAUCAGGAGUACUUUUUUUUUUACUAAAAAAAGGCAGAAAUGAAAUAUCAUCCAAUUGGUAAUUGUAGACACGCGCGCGAAUAUAUGAGAGUGUAUAUUCGAGAAGAGUAUAUCAUCGUCGAGAAGGACGUGCGAACGCAGAUUAGAUUAAGUAAUUGAAUAUAAGGCAAAGAAGAAGAAGAGUAUAUUAUUGUAUUUUUUAUCGCGUCUGCUCCUCCUGCUGGCCCAUGGAUUUUGGUCGAGAGUAGCGAUCACGGUGUUUUUAUUUGCCCCGAAGCCUGAUUUAUUAAUUAGGUGAAAGGAGACGUUUACGCGGGAACGGGAAUUGGGGGAAAGAAGGAAAGUGGGGUUUGAAAAAUUUUCCUAGUCUCGACGAUGCCUUGAUGAUAGACUUUUUUUUUUCCUUGAGAGCCUCGUCGAGAUAUUUGAAUCUGAUCGAAUUUAAAAUCAAAUUAUCGCGCCAGUCGCGACGUUUUUAACCUUGCGAUUGGCGCAAUGAGUUUGGAAAUUUUUACAACUAAAUUUGGUGAGAAAGAGUUGUCGGAAGUCGCGGGAGAUUUGGUGAGAAAUAAUAAGUGUCGCGGGCGUCUCAUUUUUCCUAGAUCUCUCAUCGAAUUGACUAAUUUUUCUCCCCUCAAAGCUGAUUUUGAAUUAAAUUCAAGAAAAAUAUGAUUGAAAAUUUGCCAAAAAAAAGUCUAUUUUUAUAAAUUUUUAUUUUAAAAAAUUUGAAGAAAAAAAAUCAUUGAAAAUCAAGUUUUAUUGUCUUUUUAAAAAAUUCACUUCUUUCGACCCGUUUCCGCCUAGAUUAUUUUGUUAUUGUUCUUUUUUUUUUUGUUCUUGUGAAAAUCAAUCGUGAGAAGUUCCUGGUGAAUUCGAAGAAGUCUUUUUUUUCUCUCUCUGGGCCGCAGUCUCAUGUGAAAAUGUUGUUUUUGCACUUUCCUUUGAAAAUAAUUUGAGCGUUUUUUUGGUUGUUGUUGGGAAACAGAAAAAAAAGGGACUUGUUUGAGUGACAGGCCAGAUGUUAAACGAAUCGAACGAAUGUUGGAACGUACUUCCUCUUUUUUUUUUGGUUUUUAAAAUCGUUUUGCGUUGCGCGAACAGAGAAAAUAAGGUCAAUCAAUUCUGUACAAAUUUCUUAAACAAAUCUGAUGAAAAAUAAAUUUCCAGAGUGCACUAUGCAACAAUUGUCUUAUGAUUUUUUUUACAAUAGUUGAAUACUUUUCGUGUGUCCCACUUAUGCAGUCUUUAAUGUUUAUUCCUAGAAUUCUGCCGUUAUUUCCAUGUGUUUCGCUACUUUCUUUUUUAUUGUUUUUUUUUUGUAUUAUUUUUGUUGUUUUGAGAUUAUAGUCCAAAAAUACGACUGGUGGUUACAAGCUAUUUUUUCAGGAUCGUCUCCCACGGCGGAUCGUAUAGAGUGCAGAACGGGAAAAAAUAGCCGGUGAGUUGGGGUAAAGUGUUGGGUAAUCAAAAAAAAAAAAAAAAAAAAAAAAAAUGAGAAACAUUUUGCAGUUUUUUCCUUUUUUUAAAAAAAAAACCAGCGGCUAUUUUUUCCUGUCUUGAAUAAAUAUCGUAGGAAAAUCGACGAGAGAAGGGAAGGCAGACGAAACUUAGAAAAUUGUAACACCUAUUUGAAUUAAACGAUUUUCCUGCAUUUCGUCGCAAUCCGUAUCACGCCGACUGUGACAAAAGACGAUCAAUAUUUCCCGCUGAACGUCGCUUUGCGCUCGAUUUCGGAAGUGAUUAGAAAAAACAACUUCCGGAAGUUGCGCGGAACGACGUCAUCGCGAAAAAGGUCGUCAAUAGGAAAUGAAAAAAAAUAGCAUAAAGCAAAAAAAAACUACGUCUUAUGUAACCCUGUGAUGUAUUAGUAUGAUCUCAGUAAACAUAACUUAGUGUGUAAUUUUUAAUGUGUAAUUAGAAUUAACCGAUAGCGUUACAUAGAGCAGAAUUUUGGAAACAGAGAGAUAUAUUAUUAUAAUAAUGUGGAGUGUGUGCAAGAGAUGGAGUGUGAGAAAAUAAAAUGAUUGAGAGAGAGAUUGAGUGCGAAUGAAUUACAAUGAUAAAUGUGGGGCAACAGAGCAAGCACCCAGUGAAUUUGGAGUUGCGCAUCGGAAAAUGUGUAACGACAAUAUUAUGUAUAAACUAUAAUAAUUUGUAAGAGAGUCUAAAAACACUAACAUAAAUAAGGAAAUUCGAUGCUAUUGUUUAGUAUAAAGUUUAUUAAAAAAGAUGAACAUAA